GGUGGGUGGCUCGAACAAAAUUGACACCCGGGGGAAUCUGUGCUCCGUGGCCGUAACUGUAGAAGGCUAUGACACACACACAGCAACUGAAGUGCGUGAAAAAAAAAAUCCUAAGAGACGGUAGUAGCUACAUGGGUCAUGGAGUCUGGAGAAUAUCCAAACAAUGUUUUUUACAGUGGAAUUGAUUUCCAGUUACCUGGAAAUGGAGGAAAAGAUUGUUCUAAUUUCUUGAGUAAUUGGCGCAGAGUUCUAGAGUCUAUUUUUGCUGUAGCCUUCAGUUGCCUUUUAAUUCAUUUUGGUUAUCAGCGAUUAACAGUUCCCCAAAAAACCACAAUAAUUCGAAAAGAUCGUGGAGGCAAGCGAUUACUUCUUGUUGUUCUUUGCUUGGUCUUUGGUGUGGAGAUAGGCUUUAAGUUUGCCAACCGCUCUGUCAUUUUCUUACUGAAUCCUUGCCAUGUUGCAACCAUCUUCCAGAUUUAUUUAUUGGCUGCACCACCUAGUCCACAUGUGACAAAAUUAUUUCGGAUCCAUUUGAAUUUUCUGAAUGGAGCUAUUCUAGCUUUACUAUUUCCAGUUAUCAACACACGCUUGCUAACAUUUGAGACUGAGACCUAUUAUGUUCAACAUAUUGCAAUGCUGGUUGUUCCAUACUACCUCUUACGUCUUGGAGGGGUUUAUACGUUGGAAGACGCACGAGAUUUCAGCUGGUCAAGCUUGUCUUAUGGUUUAAUGCUGCUUUACCACUUUACUGUUCUUCAAAUAAUUGGAAAGUUGACAUCAGUUAAUCUCAACAGCAUGCUUUGUCCUGCUGUUUCGGAUCCUUUUUAUGGACAAAACUAUCGCGUGGCUGCCAUUUUCCAUCAGUUCGUAAUGGUACCUCUCGUAAGUAAAGGUUACCGUAUAGUGGCUUCCUACUUUCUUACACGUCUCUCCUUCACCAAGGUAAAAGACAAGCUGGAACAGGCGAUAGAAGCUGACCUUGCGUUCGGUGCCUACCGUACCUCUUCUAUUAGUUGCGUUUCCACUUCUUCUAACUUUCACUCGUUAGCUGGCGAUAAAUCUUCUAAGAAGGAAUAGUUUGCCGAUAACGCGCGCAGUCCUAACUUUUACAGGGAAUGUCAGAAAAAAAAACUCAUGAAAAUAUUGAUAGGGAAUAAUAAUGCUUUUUAGUAUUAUUUGAGAAAACUCGCAUUCCAGUAUCAGUUUAUUGUAUUGAAGUAGGUGCUAGCGGAAAAGCUGAUGGUGUUUUAAUAGUUCCUCAGGCUUCAUCUGGCGUAUCAUAUUUUGACUGGCGAAACAUCAACUUAGUUGUGAUUUGUUUUCCAUGAACUAACCUCUCCAAGUAUAGAAACAUUAGGUGGCCGUAUACUUUCUGUCCAAUAGCUGUCGAGUCUGAGUUCUUCCUUAAUUUAUUUAAUUCGGCCUUAUAGCCAUCGGCCAAUUACCCAGAACUAGCUGUUUGUUCGCAAUCUUUCGUGCAUUCGUCACUUAUUGAUCUAUUAGUGGAACUCCUAAAUUAUUCUAGUAAAAACUAAGUUACGAAAUUCAACUGUGUUACGGACGUCUUGAGUCAGAAGUGUGUCGUAAUCGAUCUCGAUCGGAAAAAGUGCUGAAAUGUCAAAACACGAAAGAAAAACUGUCACAUCAUGAAUUUAGUCGUCGUGAUCUAUUUAAUGUGCUUUGCUGUGCCAUGUCGAAAGCAGAAUACAUUGUCACAUUUGUCAGUGUGACGUCUGGUAACCAA